UCUGAAUGACCAGAAAGCUCUUCAAGUUCCGCCAACUGCCUUCUUUGCAUUAUGGGAUCAUCAGCAUCAUCGCCCCCGAGCGGGUUAACAGGAUGACCGACAGCGAAAAGGGCUUGAAGAUUGGAGGUUGGCCUUGCCUUUUGAAGAAAGGUUCGCCUUUGUCAACUAACCCUUUUUGGCAUGCAAUUCGAAGAUAGCAGUUGGCGGCUGUUGUGUGUUUCAAAGGCUUCCAUAUGAUCUUUUUCUCAUCUCCAGUUAGCUACUUUAGUUCUCAUUUUGCAUAGAGGCCAUCUUAACUAUUUGGUAGCUAAUUUGUUUAUAUCUACUGUACCAAUUACCAAACGAUCACUUAAUUGUACCUGCCUUAACUUUUCUAAGAAACCAUC